AAAAGCGCAUUCGUGUAAUUUGGACAAAUUUAAAUCACAAUGGCCGACGACGAGGAGACUGAGAAGAAGAAGAAGAAAAAAAGCUCAAAAUACAGCUACACCUUUGGGGAUGUAUACCCAGGUGUAGUACUUGGGCACAAAUAUUGCAAUUCAAUGCUAAGCCAGCCAGGCUACCCAGUGCCAUAUAAUAUGGGAUGGCUUUGGACCGCACAAGAUGUUCCCGGUUUAAAGCCACGGCGAGGUUGGUCACCAGGUAUGAUUGGCAAGAGUGUGGCAAAGCUUAUGACCUUUAAAUGUCCACGAGGAGGGCAAGAUAGAGAUAAGAAGAAGAAAAAGAGGAGGACGGCAGGUGCAGGUGCUCAGCAGGGCGGAGGGGACUCGGAAGCCGACGAACCUUUGCAACCGAAACCAACCUUGCGAGUGCAGAGGAAAGGCGAUGUGUUUACUAUACAGGUAAAUCCAUUGAAAGAUCUGACAGAUAUAAAGCCAAAUGAAGACCCUUACGUAGAUUGUGACCCGAUGGUUUUCAAGAUUAUCAAAAAACGUAGCCCGGAAGAGCGAGCGAAAGUGGAAGCUAGGAAAAUGGUGAAGUUAAAAAAGCAACGUGAUGCUGAAAUACGGAAGGCUCUAGCGGAAGCCGUGGAAGACAUCUGCAAAUGUGCUUACAUGGACGUCUAUUGUAACGAUCUCUCUGCGAUAGACAAAGUGAUCGACAGUUGUCCCGCGUUCAAAGAGCCUGAUUGUGUUUGCGCUGAAGAAUCUCUCAGCUCACUGUCCAGCAACGCAACAUGGGACAUUGAAUACACUCCACCGUUUGGAUGCUUCGACUUGGCUCCACGCAGAAGGAAAAACUUUAUUCACGUUGAAACCCAAUACCUACCGGCGGACGCUGGCAUCGAAGAAACGCAAAAACCAUGUAGAAAGCCCUGUAUAAUAUUGAAGCAUAAACCACGUACCAGAAGAGGUUUAUGUAAUAGGAAUUGUCAGCCCUGUCGUGCGUGUCAUUGAUACUAUCAAGUGAAAUUUUGAUAUGAAAAUUGAAAGUGUUUAGCCUAGAUAAUUUAUAGCUAUAAAUUGUUUUGUUGUAUUGAAAAUCAAAGACCCCAAGUUUCGUGGUAAAAUUUCAGAUCGUGUUU